AUGACUGACGAUAACACCUACCUUAUUAUCAUCAACGGUUACGUCGUCCCAGCCCUCGCCAUUGUUGUCUUUCUAACGAACGCCGUCGUUAUCGCCGUCCUUCGUCGACAACAGACUUAUGGGGCCAGCCAGGCUGGACUAGUAGGGAUCGCGGUAUCUGAUACCCUUACACUGGUUCUACCAGCCCCCUUCUAUUUCUACUCCUAUGGACUUGGUAACUAUGAGUUACAGUUUGGCUGGUGUCAAGCAAUGGAUUGGAUAGGGCUCUACCUACCAACGAUCUCACACACAGCGUCCAUCUGGCUGACCGUCUAUCUCACCCUACAGAGAUACUUUUAUGUGUGUCUACCCUUCAAGGCACGAGGUUGGUGUACCCUACGUUACACCGUCAUCUGUAUCGUCCUUAUAUAUCUAAUGGCAGUAGUCGUACAUAUUUGUCGUUUCUUUGUGUUUGAGUACCGCAAUAACGUGUACUUUGACCCAUGGUCCAACACGACAGUGGAAUACUGCAGGCGUGAUUACUACUCGUGGGUAGAUAUACCAAUUUACUUCUCCUCCUAUUUAGGGAUACGGAUUAUCUUCAUCCAAUUUGUGCCUUGUGUAUCGCUAAUUAUUCUCAAUUGUAAAAUUUUACAUGGCCUUCAAACGGUGACAAACAAACGACUACAACUACACACAAAUGCAGAAAGCAACCAGGCGACAGUGAAGGAGAACAUUCGAGUGACUGUAAUGAUAAUCAGUAUGGCGAUGAUUACACUGCUGGUGGAGUUUCCGGCGGGGAUAAUUCAACUGCUUUAUGCGUUUCCCUUCAUGUUUGGGUAUGAUAUCAUCGAGCCAAAGACACUAAAAUACGUGGAGAUCAUAGCCAAUCUGGUGAUUAUAUUUUCUUAUCCUCUUAACUUUCUUCUUUACUGUAGCAUGAGCGCGGAGUUCAAAGCGACGCUCCGUAAGAUAUGCUGCAGUAACACGUGCGGGCAGGGGAGUCCAAGGGCGUAUACUCGCUGUUCUAAAAACAUCCCCCCUCCAUCCAUAAUCAUGGACGAUAAAAUCAGCAUGACUACCAAAGUUUAA